AUGACUAGCGAGUUAAAGAUGAAGCAAGCAAUAAUUGAUUCUCAGGCGUUAGAGAUGCUGAAGCUCCGUCAGGAAUUCGCGCAGAAAGCAAGUGAUGUGCAACAAAACGAUAGCACGCUUAAAGCGAUCCUUAAUGGACUUAAUUCAAAGGAACGACUUGUCGUGAGGAUGAUUAUUGAUAAGGCGAACUGCAAACACGGAAAUGGUAUGAGGUAUGACGCAGAAUGGAUCAUGGAGUGCCUCCUUCUGCGGAUCAAAAGCCCUAGAGCCUACAAACACCUCUGUUCAAACACCCUGCUUCCUUUGCCUUGCCUGGAUACUAUCCGCAGGUUGCUCAGCUCGAUGCCAGUGUCAUUCGGAUUCAAUGAAGAAGCCCUUUCAUCAAUAAAGCGGACGUUGUCAUCCCUGGAUCUUGGUUUCAGAAGAGGAUCUUUGGUAUGGGACGAGAUGUCCAUAACAAAAUCUGUCAAAUACGACCCGCAGAAGAUGGGAUUUGAAGGGUUUGUCGAUUAUGGCACUGGUGAUGUAAAUCAAGAUGUAGUGGGGAUCGAAGAGCAACUAGCAGACCAUUGCCUUUUAUUCAUUUUCCGACCAUAUCGUUCACCGUGGGUACAGCCUAUCGCUGUUUUUGCCACGAAGGGCGCAGCACCAGGACACGUGAUCUACCGUUUACUCGUAAAAGCAAUUGUUGCCUUAGAAGCGGUAGGAGCUAGAGUGAAUUCCGUCACGUGUGACGGAGCGCAGCCAAAUAAGUCAGCUUGGUCAGUAUGUGGAAUUAGUGGGUCGCCGGAUAAAGACGGAAACAUCUCGUGCUCAAUACAGCACCCUACGGCAAAGGAACCUGAAGAAAAGAUAUGGUUCCUACAAGACGUUCCGCACCUCUACAAAUGCGUGCGGAAUCACAUAUUCACCCGCCGCAAAGUUGUGAAGCCACGCCUGGAAAAAAUCAUGAAUAGUCCUACUGAGAAGGUGACCAAACGUACUAAGACUAACUCGGCCAAUAAACUUGUUCCAUGGAAAACAAGUUUUACACUCGAAAAAAUACAGUUCAAGGGUAAGCAAGUUUCGCACAAAGACUUCGUUCUCCUCUUUGAAACAGACAACGCAAAGAGAGGGGGAAUGAGUAUAGCUUACAAGCUAAGACAUGAGCAUAUUUAUCCAAAUGCUUUCCAAAAGAUGAACGUAAAGCUCAUGUCACAGGUAGCAAAGAAAUAA